CUGAAAAAACUGUUUUUGAGAAAGAUAUCGUUUCAGGCAGCCCAGCUUGCUCGGAAUCAAGCCCCGGCAUCCAGCCUACCUCCCGGACUCAGCGGCGCUACCAGUCAUAUGCUUCUGAAUCAGGCUCAAUUGUUACAAUUCCAAAUGCUUCAACAACUUGACCCAGCAAGAGCAGCAGCAUUUGCGACAGCCCUCCAGCAACAUGCUCAGGCUCAGGCUCAAGUUCAAGCACAAGCUCAGCAAACCGGUCAGCCAUCUCAACUCGAUCUCGGCAUCUAUCGUGCCCACCUUGAACAACAACAGCAACAGCAACAACAACAAAAUUUCCUGCUAGCUCAUGCUCAAGCUCAGGCGCAAGCCCAAGCUCAAGCUCAGCAGCAACAAGCCGCCCAGGCUCAGGUGCAACAGCAACAUUCUGUCACGGGAGGUGUCGAUCCUCGUGAAACGCUCCUGCGGUUGUACAGUCAGUCGUCAGCCAGUGGUCGAGGUGGCAUUGAGGCGUUGCUGAGCGCUCAACAGGCUGCGGUUGCUGCAGCCCAACAACAGCAGCAACAACAGCAACAACAACAACAACAGCAGCAACAACAACAACGUCUUCCGCCCGGUUUCCCUGGCACUGCAGGCGCCCUAACUCCUGGACUGGCUGGUCUGGCAGCCCAGCAUGCAUCGUUGGGUGGAACGCCCACGUCGCAAUCGCCAUUGUUCAAUCCGGCAUUAUUAGGAUUACAAGGACUCGGUGCACAAUACGCAAAACCGUUCACAGCCGGCCUUCAGCAACUCGGCCAAAUCAAACGUGACGGGAAUGACGUCAUUCCAAAUGGCCGGUAG